AUGGCUAGCAUGGAGCAAGCUGAGAUACAGCCCAAAACCAGCGCCAGUCGCCAUCUCCUCUCGCCUCAGAACCAUCCUCAGAACUCACACGAAUCUUCCAAAAACACUUCAAGCUUCCAUGUCGAGAAAGAAAACCCCCUUGAGCCGUUCGGCGGCGCACCUCCCACACCUAUUCGGGCGGCUUCCAUGCCGCCGCACACGCCAAAGAGGGAUACUACCCCGUACACUGGUCGAAGUGGAAGGCAAACACCCAGUCACGAGACCGUGGCGAAGCAAGAAUACAACCGAGAGAUUUCGCGCCGAAAGGAUAUUGAGGCCGAGCUGGAGGCGAAAGAUCGCAGGCUAGCGGAAUGCGAAAACAAAUUGAAGGAUUCAGAGGCAUCUCUUGUCGCUGUUCGCAAAAAAUGGAAGGAGGCAGCCACCGACCUCGACAAGGUCAAAUCGUCGCAACAAAGAGGUCUUUAUCAUAUGACAGACAGCGAGCUCAGGGAUUCCGUGACGAGGCUCCGGUACAAUAUUAGUCGGUUUGCAAUUCAAUACUUCAGUGGAAAGUUGCCAGGCGAUACCAGUGUCGGAGAGAUCGUCGACUCUGAGGACUAUGAGGGAUGGAAGGAUUUGUCAGAUGUCAUCGGCGGCCGUCAUAUCACGGCUGAGUAUAUUCGUUCCGACAGGCGGCGACCUCAUAUCAUACAGGCUCUGAUAUGGGAAACAAUAUACAUGGAUGUCUUUGGCGAGGCUCUUUGGGCCGGGGAGAAGAUGGCCAAAGCAUUCAGGGAAUUGUCUAAGCAGUUACAAACACCAGCAAAUAACAAAGGAAGCGAUCCUGAUAUCGAGGCAUGCCGAAGAUUUUGCCUUUGGAGAGCCGAGACGGCAGCAAUGAUCGUUGAGUCAAUCAACUCGUCCAAGGAUGCAAAGGAAAGAAGCAAGCGAGCGUUAUCGAAAGAGAUCGACUCAGUUUGCAGAUAUACUUACGAACACAUCAUGCCGUUUACAAGACUCACCAAAGGCCUCGGCGACGAAGUGUUUGACAUUCUCCAAGAGGCCGCCAAGCUGGACGAAGCCCUGAAACGGCAAGCCGUCCGCUUCGACUGGACUUUUUCUGACCUUCGAGAGCCAUUUGAUAGCAAUACAAUGACCUUGGCGAGUGGGGAGACUUGGGAGGCCGACAUGGAUGGCGUCUGGGUGACGACUUGUCCCGGCCUAGUCAGACAAGGAAGGUCGACAGGUGAUGAGUUUGAGACCAAGACUAGACUCCUGUCUGCGGAGGUGUCUUGGAUACCAAGUCCCCGAGCGGGAGGUUCGGAGCAGAAGUUUCGACGGAAUCGAACUAUUUGA